CCCACGGGCUCCAAGUGCCAACAACGCUCCGCUUCAUCUUAAUCUAAUUUUGUAUUAUUUUAUACCGCUGCUCAAACAUGUUUUUUCAUUUUUAAUUGAUUUUACAAAGACUCUAACUGCAGUUUUUCUUUUGUCUUUCCUGCAUCCCUCUCAUUUUAAAGCCGACUCCGGGAUGUGAGCACGCUUGUGUCGGUGUGUUUUUCAUCCAAGCUACUAAGGGACUACUUUUUUUUAAGAAGAAGAAAUGCUGCCACGAUUGUUGUGGAACAUGUCUCUUGUUCUGGUGUUGUUUGGAUUAUUUUUGCUCACUUCUUCAUCUGCCAGAGGCGAACCAGAGCUCAGGGAUGAAGAGGAGGAGGAGGAAAGUUCUUGCCAAGGCGCUUUUGACCUCUAUUUUGUGCUUGAUAAGUCCGGCAGUGUGAAGAAUCACUGGGAUGAAAUCUACUACUUUGUGGAAAAUUUAGCAGAGAAGUUCAAAAGUCCCAUGCUUAGAAUGUCAUUCAUUACUUUCUCAUCCAGAGCAUCUACCAUCCUCAAGCUUACUGAGAACAGGGUGGACAUCAAAAAGGGGCUGAAUGCGCUUAAAAGGGAGAUUCCAGGUGGAGACACGUUCAUGCAUCUUGGACUAUAUAGGGCAAAUGAGCAGAUUUACCAGGAGAACUUUGGCAAGGCCAGCGUGAUUAUAGCACUUACAGACGGAGAGCUGCAGGAAGAUCAACUUAUCACUGCGCAGCAACAGGCCGAGCGAGCCAGGUCUCUCGGAGCUAUUGUGUACUGUGUUGGCGUCAAAGACUUCAAUGAGACACAGCUGGCGACUAUUGCAGACACCAUUGAACAUGUGUUUCCUGUUAUGGGCGGCUUCCACGCCCUUAGGGGUGUUAUUGAUUCGAUCAUCAAGAAAUCUUGCAUUGAGAUUUUGGCAGCGGAGCCCUCCAGUGUGUGUGCAGGAGAAUCUUUCCAAGUGGUGGUGAGGGGCAACGGGUUCCUCCACGCCAGGAACAUCGACCAAGUGCUCUGCAGCUUUAAAAUCAACGACACCAUUACAAUCAAUGAGAAGCCUGCCGGUGUAGAGAAUACGUUCUUGCUGUGUCCAGCUCCUGUCAUUGAUGAAGUCGGGAAGGUGAUUUAUCUUCAAGUGAGCAUGAACGACGGUCUGUCUUUCAUCAGCAGCAAUGUGCACAUCACCACCACAGAGUGUUUUGAUGGCACUAUUCUCCUCAUCACCCUGCUGGUGUUGUUUCUCCUGUUAGCCUUGCUUCUCAUGUGGUGGUUCUGGCCUCUCUGCUGCACAGUGGUGAUCAAAGAACCUCCUCCUCCACCUCCUCCUGAGCCUGAAUCAGAUGAUGAAGAUGGUCUGCCAAAGAAGAAGUGGCCCACUGUAGAUGCUUCAUAUUAUGGAGGAAGAGGAAUCGGAGGCAUUAAAAGAAUGGAGGUGCGAUGGGGCGGUAAGGGCUCCACUGAAGAAGGGGCAAAGUUGGAGAAACCGAAGAAUGCCGUGGUGAAAAUGCCAGAACAGGAAUACGAACCCUUCGAGCCAAAACCCAAGAAAUCUCCUAAAAAGGCGCCUCAGAACCGGAAGUGGUACACACCCAUCCGGGGUAAACUGGAUGCUAUCUGGGCACUGUUUCGCCGGGGUUAUGACCAAGUGUCUUUGAUGAGACCCCAGCCCGGUGAUCAUGGUCGAUGCAUCAACUUCACAAGAGUGAAAGAAGGCUCCAAUCCAGCCAAGUCGGCGCCUCGCUCCCCAAUCCACACGCCCUCACCCCCUGUGCCUGACUACCACCGCGCCGAGUCCCCUACAAUGUCCAGCCCUCCCGCCAAAGCCCCCCCUGUGGCCAAUCUACCACCAGGACCGCCUCCGUCCCGCACACCCCCCGGGCUUCCCUGUCCACCGCCGUCGCGUCCACCACCCAGCCUGCGACCAUGAAUGAGCCAGGUAAUAAGCCCGCCCCCAUUCGCCGACUGACCACUCUGUUGACCCUCGGUCUGACGUCAGUCCUCCAGACGCAGGUUCUUCUGCUAUUCCCUGAAGAUCAUCAUCACCUGAUCAAUUACGGCUUAUUUUGCUCUCUCUCGUACGGCUGUCAAGAUGAAAGAUUCUUAACAUAAUCAGUGAGGCCUUCAAUGACUUUGUAUGCUUGCAGUUUCUAUGCAACUAACACCAGGAGUGUUACACCUUCAACACUAUGCACUCAUUUGAGAGUCACAUGUUAAGUUUUGUUUGCGUUCUUUCCUGAGAACUUAAAGACCAUGUUUUCCAUUUAAAAAAAUAAUGACAUAACACCCCGUUGACAGAAAUGAUCCAAAAACACACAAACACUAUGAAACACAUGCAAUGAGGAAAUGCUGCAAUCACGAAAAAACAGCAAAAAAAUGUUUAAAUUGCACUCAAGCCCUCAAAAACAGCUGCAAAUGAGAAUUGCUGAAAGUUCAAAGAACAACAUGAAGGUUAACUAGUUGUUUUCAGGUUUGUGUUUGUUGUGCAUGUUUCCCGUUGUUUUGUGGCGUUUCUUUAUUUUUGGAUCAGUUUUCCCUCCGUUGGCCACCCUAGAAAUAAACUUCAGAAUUACGUUGGGGUUUUUUUCGGACCAUAAGGCGCACCAGAUUAUAAUGGCCCACUGCCGUUAAGCGGGUCUACUGAGGUCUAUUUUCAUACAAAAGGCACAUUAAAGGGGUCAUAUUAUGAUUUUUUUUUCCCUACGUUUAAAAGACUUCCUUGUGGUCUACAUAACAUGUAAUUAAAGUUAAAGUACCAAUGAUAGUCACACACACACUAGGUGUGGCGAAAUUAUUCUCUGCAUUUGACCCAUCACCCUUGAUCACCCCCUGGGAGGUGAGGGGAGCAGUGGGCGGCAGCGGUGGCCGCGCCCGGGAAUCAUUUUUGGUGAUUUAACCCCCAAUUCCAACCCUUAAUGCUGAGUGGUUCUUUGGUCAAAAUGUUAACUAGCAGACCAUCUUCAAGUCGUUUUCUGGCCGUCUCUUCAGGAUGCACCGUUUUGUGGGCGGUCUUAUUUACAGUACGUGGCUCUACUUUGACAGCGUCUUCUCCCCGUCAUCUUUCAUAGCAAGUCUAUUGACGAAUACAAGUUAGAACUGUACCCUAUUUUAAAGUAGAAAUGGCAACAUCAAGGAUGAAUGCCCCACGACAACAACAUAGAGAAAAAGAAGGAGCUUAAUGACAACACGCGGACUACAAUGGCGGACGCGCGCACAUUUUCGGGACUUAUGCAGUUCCCAAAUACACAUCAGCCGGUACCAAUAGGUAAGAAAAGUUGGUUUUGCAUUUUGUUGCAAAACAAAACACCAGAUAAUAUAUCCUAAUAGGUGCCAUUUUGGAUUCCUUAUACACACCAUAAUAAUACCCGUAUGUUGAAGCACAGUAUGUCUGACUACAGUAGCCGUAAUGCUCCAACAAUCCAUCAAGGGGUGCGGCUUUGUAGCUUACCAAAGUCAUACUAAAACAUAUUGACAGAUUUUUGAGCGCCGUGUGUUGCUUGCUUACGGGUACUUGCUAGCGUCAUUUAUUUAACAGUACACACACUUUUUGUGUGACUGCCAUCCACUGAUCACACUAAUUACACCAUUUAUUAAAUAAAAUUGCUUCGAGGGUCGGUAAGCACAACCAGAAUUAAUCCGUACAUUAGGCGCACCGGGUUAUAAGGCAAACUGUCCAUUUUUGAGAAAAUGAAAGGAUUUUAAGUGCGCCUUAUAGUCCGAAAAAUACGCUAGAACGAUGACUUUUUAUUUUUUACACCGUUUUUGUGUAUGUCUAGUCUGAUACAAAGUGAACGAGGUGAUGCAGGGGAACCUAAACAGGAUGAUUGUUGCAGGACAGCAAAAGCCUCUACAGACCAAAGUCAACACAAGCAAUACGAUUUUUGGAUUUGUUUGAUCAACUACUGAGUUAUGCCUUUGCCAUCGAAAAUUCAAGUAAAAAGUAAUUAGAACCUGAGCAGUUUUUGCAGGAUUGAUUGGAUCGUUUGCUCACAAAUGUUGGUGCUAAUUUUGCUAACAUGCUAAAUCAGCACAUUUGUUCUUCAGGAAAAGUAUUAGUUUAAAGCAACAUGGUUUUGCAACAUGCAAUAACAGGGAAGUGUACAGAAGUUGUUUUUUUAGGAUGGUUUGGGUUUUGUUUUUGUUUUUACAUUCUUUUUUCCUGAUGCAUUUUUUUAAUGGUUAAUUAGAGGCUUUGGAUUUCGUAAUUUGAUUUAGAGCACAGCAGGAUGUCUUUGGUUAUGUAUCUGCGCACAUAAUAGACGGCUGGAUGUUUUUUGUUAGCAUGCAUGGAAUGGAAAAGUCAUGACUUCAAAGCUGCCAUAAAUCAGGUUAUAUCUCCUCAUGUUUUAUUUGUUUGUUUGUUUUUCUAAUAUUUUGACACAAUUCUGAUAUUUUAUACGUUUAAAUGUUAUGUCUACAGUUGUAUCCUCAGCGGUCACAUUGCAACUGCAGGGCAGUUCACAGAGCAUCUAAUUUAUUACAGCCUUGCCAAGAGAAAUAGAGGCGAGUACUUGAAUAUCGACAAGCACCGACAUAGACACUGUGCGCAGUCUAGAAACAGCUUGACACUCAAACAAGGCCUACCAGUUUUUUAUCACCUCAGUGCAUUGUUUAUCUUUCUGCAUUUGAUGAUGUUUGAAUAAAAUAUGAACUUACUGGACACAACAUUAGGUACACCUGCAUCAGCAUUGCAAGAAGUAAAUCAAAUAUUAUUAUAUCAUUCUAAAAAGAGUGAACCAUUUCACUGGAUAUGAUUACCGUAUUUACCAGAAUAUAUGGUGCUUUUUUUCCCGAGAAGAAGAGGUCAUCUUAUAUUUAAAGUCCGGAGAUAUUUAUGUGCACACCAGCAGGUGGCGUCAAUUGACCUGCAACACACAGACCUGUUCCGAAAAAAAGUUUCAAAGUUCAAUCUACCGGUUGUUUAUUCGCUGAUAUUGAAAAUUGAUUACCUAUAUAUUUUUAAUGUCAAAUUUGUCUUAAAAAAUAUUUUUCUAAAAGAAAGUACCCCCUCCUUCCACCCGAGUGCAGCUGGAAUAGGCUCCGGCACCCAGAGAGGGACAAGCAGUAGAAAAUGGAUGGAGAGAUGGAUGGAUGGAUAUGAUAUUAUUGAAAGUGGCUUGUUUUAUUGGGCGCAGGACAGGCCUGUGCAAAAAUCCAAAUUGAAUUUGCAAUACCACAAAAAGUAGAAUUGCAAGUAAAAUUCCAAUUGAAGGAAGUAUAAUUUCAAUUCUAGACAAUUUGUAUUAAUUAUUAUUUGUAUUUUUUUAAUGUAUUAUUUAUUUAUCAUUUGAACACAAUUAUAACUGUACACAUACAUUUCAUAUUUACAUUUUCAUAUAGACAUAUUUUAUUUACAAAUAGUUUUACUGACUGCAUCUUCUAUAAAACAUAUUACUUAGUUUUACUUAGUUGAAUGUAAUAUAGCUUUCAAAUGAUGAAAAAUGGUGGAUAAAUACUUCCAUUCCCAGAGUAUUAAAAAUGAAGGGAAUUUUUUAGUAAUUUCAGUGUUGUAAAGUAUUUUUUGUAGUUAAGCCAAAACUUUUGUUGAACGUGACAAAUUCUUCCUAUUACUUGGCUAUAUGGAAUUUCUUUGAAUUGCAUUUAAUUUAAUUCCACUUCCUGUAACCCCAAUGGAACAUCCUGUGGGGCGGAGCCUAUUCAAUUCAAAUUGUUCAAAUUCAUUGAAUUGUAAAGCCAAAUUUAGAAUUUUGCACACGCGUUGGAUGCUUAGUCAUUUGUAUGCCAUGAGGGUCUGUAGAAGUGCCUAAUGAAGUGUCCUGAAUGUAUAUUGAAGGGGUUUUUUAAAAAGUUGGUACAGUAUUCCUUUAAUACUCAUCGCCUUACAUUUCGUUCUUGUUUUGUUUUUGUCUUGCAUUCAGUUAUUCAACAUGUACCAAUGGUGUUCCAAUAUACAUUCCAAACAAUUACCAAUGUUGCCAUAAAAGACAGUAUUUGGAUGACAAUGCAUUUAUACGUCACUGUGUCUGUCUAUCAAGUAUGCAACUAUUUUUCAGCAACAAUUGUUCUUUUGCUGCCAGAAGGAAGGAAGGAGUUGUCAUCUUUUUCACGUCAUACAAUAUACUGUAUAUCUUUUUGAAUGCACUUGGUAGCACUAUUUUUGUCACAUUAUGUUGUGAAGAUGCCAUUAUUACAUACCCCCAAGACUCAUAUACUGUAUGGUCUUGGCCUCAAGAAAAUGAACAGCCAUUAUUGCAGUGGUUGAAAUGUAAGUACAUGAUAUUGUAUGCAUAAACAGCAGAUAUACAUGUUUGUUUUUUUACUGGUCUGAUCUUUUGAA